AUGUCAUAUUCACCGCUCAACAACAAUGUCAAUCCCAGGCAACAAGUCAACCUUCAUCAACAUGGUCAAUAUCCUUCACUGUCGAACUUGGUACCUGACACUAACCAGAAUCAACAGCAAUUCAUUCAAUUAAAUGGCCACUAUGGUCAGCACAGCAACCAAUCAAUUUACGACUUUGGCGACGACGGACUCCAGUUGCUGCCAUCUGAGCAAAUCUAUGUCCUCCCAAAUUUGCAACAACCAACUGUCGUGCAAUUUAGUCAAAGUCAACAGACCACAUCCAGUUCUUCCAACAGAGCGUACAUUCCUCAAUCCGCACCAACACAAGGGUAUUUCGAAACCUCAACAUCAAAGCAGCCAACUUACACCCCACUCGGAACUCAACACUCCCCAGAAGCACAGCCAACUCCUCAUCAGGGCCACCCACAACAGAACCCAGCCCCAGUCCCCACACCCCUACCUCCAGUCAAGCCUGUGAAGAAACCACGUAAGAAAACCAUACGUCAGUAUGCAGAGGCCAAUCCCAAUCCCAACCCAGCACCGGCAGCCACCAGCACUCCACAAACUCCAGCAGCAUUGAGCAUUGCUACUCCUGCCCCAGAUCCCACUACACGAGAAUCCGUUGCCCGAUUUUUGGCUGUGCCAAACUCAAACACUGUGCCAUCUGUGCGAGUGCCCCCAACACUCGAGUCGUACGCUUCUAAAACCAUUGACGAACUGCGGGCUAUUGCCCUCGCUAAAUCUAAAAAGGUGAUGACCCGAGAUGAUGAAUUAUACUUCUUUCAAUACCAUGAGCUACAAAAGACUGAGCUUACUCUGGCAGCAAUCAACCGUGGUGUAUCGAUGAGCAUGGUAGAAAGUCUAAUGGGUCGGAAACAAGCUAUGCGGGAAGCCUCGGGGUGGAACAACUUUCAGACAAAGAAUGGCCACUUAUUUGAAGGGAAAGGCAAGGGUGUAAAAGACUCAGGUGUCAUGAAGCUCCUAUCUACAAAGUGGAAUGGCUUAACACCCGAAGAACGUGCAGCCUACCAGACCAAAAAUCUUCCCCACAUUGUUGAUCAGGACGAGACAACCAUGGAUGCAUCAACUGAUGCACCUGAUCUUGCAAUGGUAACUGGCCUCCGAGCGCACUCCAAAUCACUCAAACUAGCUGAGAAACGAGUUGAUAACUUCAUGACGGAGUGGAACAAAAAGGCAGUUCACAUUGCUGCGAGCAACCACUGUGAACUGGUCAUGUUUGCAGUGUCCAAUCACCUUCACAGUCACAAUUUCCAGCUGGCGCACUCGACGCCUGGGGCCGCCGAUUUUGUCAAGCAAAUAUAUGAAGCAGAUGGUAUCAGAAACUACCAAAGCCGAAUCCAGUCUUACUGUACUGGUGCUGAGAUUAAUUCAAUCAGUGCUGCAGUUACAAAAACAAAGAACAAAAAAGGAGUGAAUGAUAAUGUGGUCGCUCAAGCCCGGGCCAAGCUAGCUGAGUUUGUUUCUCGAGAGACCGGUGGUAGGAAGACUUCUUGGUCGUGGCAGGGUUGUGACAAAGCACUAGGUCGACUUGGAUACAAGCUUAUCUUCUUACCGGGGGCCCUGUCAAACCCAGAUUGGAUCAAAAGCCCAAGUAGUCGCUUCCUCAAUAACGAAGCGCAGCUAAUAAUGGAUGACAUAGACCAAGACCUAAUCCGAAUUGUGAAGGACACGGACGCCUUGAUGGGCCAUAUUCGUCAACCGGCCGGACCGGUAAAAAGGAAGACAUUACAUAUUUCUUCGCAUGAACCAAAUAACACCAACAGUACGAAUGCCCUUCCAACUUCGUGUUGA